CUUUGGCUUGUGGGCGGUCCGCGCAUAGCCCGGGAAAAGCGGUAAAUGGCGGCGCCGAGCGCGGGUUUGCGGCCCGCCCUGUACCGAAAGGAGCUAAUGGCCGCUGACAGAGGGCGCAGGAUAUUGGGAGUGUGUGGCAUGCAUCCUGACCAUCAGGAAGCACUGAAAAAGAACCGAGUGGUGCUGGCCAAACAGCUUUUGCUGAGUGAACUGUUAGAACACCUCCUAGAGAAGGACAUCAUCACUUUGGAAAUGAGGGAGCACAUUCAGGCCAAAGUGGGCAGUUUCAGCCAAAAUGUGGAACUUCUCAACUUGCUGCCCAAGAGGGGUCCCCAGGCCUUUGAUGCCUUCUGCGUGGCCCUGAGAGAGACCAAGCAGGGUCACCUGGAGGAUCUGUUGCUCACUACACUGUCUGGUCUUCCGCAUGCAGUCCCGCCGGUAUGGAGCCCUAGACGUGUGUUGAGCUGUGACAACGACUGGAGUCUCCCCUUCCCGAUGUGUGAGUCCUGUCCCCCUCACAAGCAGCUCCGCCUGUCUCCAGAUGCUGUGGAACACUCCCUAGACGAUGGAGAUGGUCCUCCCUGCCUUCAGGUGAAGCCUUGCACUCCCGAGUUUUAUCAAACACACUACCAGCUGGCCUAUAGGUUGCAGUCUCGGCCUCGUGGCCUGGCACUGGUGCUGAGCAAUGUACACUUCACUGGAGAGAAAGACCUGGAAUUUCGCUCUGGAGGGGAUGUGGACCACAGCACUCUGGUUACCCUCUUCAAGCUCUUGGGCUACAAAGUCCAUGUUCUACUUGACCAGACUGCACAGGAAAUGCAAGAGAAACUUCAGAAUUUUGCCCUGUUACCUGCCCACCGUGUCACUGACUCCUGCAUAGUGGCUCUCCUCUCUCACGGUGUGGAGGGAGGCAUCUACGGUGUGGAUGGCAAACUGCUUCAGCUUCAAGAGGUUUUUCGGCUUUUUGACAAUGCCAGCUGUCCAAACCUACAGAACAAGCCGAAAAUGUUCUUCAUCCAGGCCUGCCGCGGAGACGAAACAGACCGUGGGGUUGACCAGCAGGAUGGAAAGACCCACGCAGGGUCCUCUGAGUGCGAGGAGAGCGAUGCCGGCAAGGAGGAGUUGCUGAAGACGCGGCUGCCCACGCGCUCCGACAUGAUCUGCGGCUAUGCCUGCCUCAGAGGCACUGCUGCCAUGCGGAACACCAAACGGGGCUCCUGGUACAUUGAGGCCCUCACUCGAGUGUUCUCUGAGAGGGCUUGUGACACGCACGUGGCCGACAUGCUUGUUAAGGUGAACGCACUUAUCAAGGAGCGUGAGGGCUACGCCCCCGGCACAGAGUUCCACCGCUGCAAGGAGAUGUCGGAGUACUGUAGCACCCUGUGCCGCCACCUCUACCUGUUCCCGGGCCACCCUCCCACGUGAGGCCACGCCGCACCGGAGACACGGAGGCCUUUUCUCUUCAGACGCACGGUUUCUGUUCCCCCUCAGGGAUUGGGAAUCUCCCAGGCUUAUCGCGCGCACCACACCCCACACCCCUGCCGUGUCGUCAUCUCCCCCCUGCCUGCCAGUCCAGCAGGCGCCUCCCUGGCUGGCCUGGCGGCCGGUGUUGUGCGCUCUGUGCGCGAAGCCAAGUGUCUGAGAGGGCACAUGGGUUUCCUCGAGGCUGCUGUUCAGUUCCCGCCCUCAGGGCUUCUGUAGAUAGCGCUUUGGUGAUUGCUUUUAUUAGUUGUUUUUAUUAGUUACGAUGUUUCAGAGGCCAUCUCCUGUCUGUCUUUCAUACCCCAGCCGCAUUUAGCCUCGAGAGGGCGGGCGGCACAAACGGUACACUGUGCCGCCGCAUGUGUGGUCGUGACCUGUGCGCCCCCCUGCGCCACCACAAGGCCACCCAGCGGAAGGCCGGUGAUGUCUGCUGCUGGCUCCCUGGGGCUCAAGGAGCCCAGCCUCUGGGAGAGGUUACAGCUUAGAUGCCUUGUACCCGGAACUCGUUGAUCUUUGCCCAGGGAGGUUCCAAAGAUCUUUUAAUCAGUUAUUCUCUCUCAGCUUUUUUACUAAAAUGAGCCUUGCAGAGAGUGUCAGCAGAGGCAGAUAAGAGCGGUAUGCUUCCUCAUACUCAUACCUGUCCCCUUAUCUUCUCUUCCUCUGAAAUGUCCUUUUCUUAUCAUCUCCCUGCUUCCUGUUUCUCCCCCUUUACCUCCCUGUCAUGCUGCCACCAAAUCUGCCUAAAAUACUACUUAAUGGGAUCAUUUGGCUGCUCCAGGAUGUCAUGUAGUAGCUUGUUCCUGCUUUCUGUUUCAGUAUCAAAUCCCCUUUUGAUUUUAUGUGGCCUGUUUCCCCUUCCCGAAUGUCUCCAUUUUAGAGAGACUGUUGCUCUAUGUUAUCAUCUGUGCCCUAUGAACCUUUCCGGUUCUUCACGGCCUCCGCUUGUACUUCCCCCUCCAGUCCAAUCUCUGUACGGCAGAUUGGGGUCUGGGGUCUUCAUAAAUCUGAUCAUGUCACUCCCCUGCUUGGACUUCUGUUACACCUCAAGUAAUGUCCAGACUUGUCACCUUGGUCUGCAGGGCUCCUACCUUCCCCCUUGAACCUCAUAAAAUGCUGAUUUCCUUCUAAGUGACAGCCCCAGCCCCUUCUCAGUUUCUCCAACAUUCUGAGCUCUUUCCCUGCGCUGGACCAUCACAGACACUCUUCUGGGCUUUACUGAGCUCCACACCUCACAAGUCUUGACCUAAAUGCCACCUCCCCAGACCUUUCUUUCUCUAAAUAAUCUUCCGUGUUUCUUUAUUGCUGCCUCCUGUUUAAUCCCCUCACUGCAUUUAGCACAGCUUAUAAGUAUGUGUUUGCUUGCUUCACAUGUGCAUUUUUGUCUCCCCUAGUAGGUCGUAAGCUCCCUGAGGGGAGACCCCUUGUCUCUUCUGUUCUCCAGUGUGUACCCAGCGCCUGGCACAUGAUAGGUCUUCAAUAAACGUUUUAGGGUAAAGGAAGGAAGAAAACCACCCUAGCUAGAAUCCUACUUUGGGACAAAAUUUCCCUUUAAAAUAUACACAAGUUUAGUAUUUAUACUCUAGACUUUUCCGUGUGUUUUGUUUUGUCCACUGAUACCGUUCACUCUUGAAGACAGAUGUCCUGUGCCAGACAGCUUCCUCAGUACCUCCUGUGGUGCUUGGCACAGUGCUCAGUCUGUAGUAGUUCAGGUGCUCAGUAAAUAACUGUUCAGCGAGCCAGGUGGUUUGGAGACUUGUCGCGAAGUCCUGCCCUUGGAUCCAGAUAUGGAAGUAUUUGGGUCAUAGAACCUUUCCACUUCCCACUGCCAGGAUUUUAUAUACCUUCAGGUGCCAAAUAAAUGCUCAUAUUUAUUACUGA